UGGACGGGGCGUUCCGCGAGGCCCUCGGCGGCUCUGUCUGUUAGGAGGUUGCCCGGACAACAGCCACUUCCGGGGACGGGGCGGGGCGAACCUGGAGCCGGGCUGGGCGGACGGGACUGGCCGGCGGUGGCCUGUGCGGGUAGUGGCCGGCGGCACCUGCUCCAGGUGUGGGUCGCCGGCUCCCCGCGCACGGCAGCUUCCCCGCCCAGGAUUGGCCCUGAGCAGGUGGCCCUCAGGCUCUGUUUCUUUGUUGCCCCUGGUAACAGCCACUUCCGGGAGCGAGUGCCCCUUCCCCCUGCGCCGCGGACGCGGGAGCCGAGCGUUCCGGUCCGCAGCGGCGGUCGGUGGCGGUGGCCGCUGCCCCCGGACUCCCGCCGUCGGCCUGCUGGGCGCCAUGGUGCUGCUGCACGUGAAGCGGGGCGACGAGAGCCAGUUCCUGCUGCAGGCGUCGGGGAGCACGGAGCUGGAGGAGCUCACGGCGCAGGUGGCCCGGCUCUACAACGCGCGGCUCAAGGUGCAGCGCGUCUGCUCAGAAAUGGAGGAACUGGCAGAGCACGGUGUGUCCCUCCCUCCUAACAUGCAAGGACUGACGGAGGACCAGGUUGAAGAGCUGAAGCUACGGGAUGAGUGGGGUGACACGUGCGUGCCCAGCGGAGGCGCAGUGUUCAAGAAGGACGACAUCGGGCGGAGGAACGGCCACGCUCCAAAUGAAAAAAUGAAGCAAGUGCUGAAGAAGACUGUGGAAGAGGCCAAAGCAAUAAUAUCUAAGAAACAAGUGGAAGCUGGCGUCUGUGUUACCAUGGAGAUGGUGAAGGACGCCCUGGACCAGCUCCGGGGCGCAGUGAUGAUUGUGUACCCCAUGGGCUUGCCGCCCUACGACCCCAUCCGCAUGGAGUUCGAGAACAAAGAAGACUUGUCGGGCACUCAGGCGGGGCUCAGCGUGGUGGCGCAGGCGGAGGCGCAGCUGUGGUGGGCCGCCAAGGAGCUGAGGAGGACGAAGAAGCUUUCCGACUACGUGGGCAGGAAUGAAAAAACCAAAAUCAUUGUCAAGAUUCAACAGCGGGGGCAGGGAGCUCCAGCCCGGGAGCCUGUCCUGAGCAGCGAGGAGCACCGACAGCUGAUGCUGCAUUUCCACAGGAGGCAGGAGGAGCUCAAGAAACUGGAAGAAAAUGACGACGACUCCUGCUUAAACUCUCCGUGGGCAGAUAACACUGCUCUGAAAAGACAUUUCCACGGAGUGAAAGACAUCAAGUGGAGACCACGGUGACUCGCCAGGCUCCGAGGCUCCGAGCCCUCUGGCAGAACAGUGCCGGCGGCACCCAGAGGGCCUCCCCGUCGGGGCUGGGGUUUCUGGUUCCCGCUCUGUCUGUUUGCAUUCUCGGUGAUUCAUUAAAGGUCGCAGAGCUGGACGCAGCCUCGGGGGCCGCCUGCAGCGCCUUCCUUCCGGGGCUGUCGGAGGCUCUUGCCCCGAACACUGG